AUGAAAGGGCUCCAAGCUCACACGGACAAACAAUUCAGCACAAUACUUUGUGAUGAUCAAGUUUCUGGGCUUGAAUUUGAAACCAAGGAUGGACAAUGGAACAAGUUAUCUCUAUCUCCUAGCUCCUUCAUCUUCUUUGUUGGAGAUCCUCUUAUGGCAUGGAGUAAUGGCAGAAUGCAUCCCGUGAAGCAUCGUGUGAUGAUGUCUGGAGAAAAAGAUCGAUACUCUCUAGGAGCAUUUGCAGUUCCAGUUGAGGGUACCAUCAUCAAGACACCAAAGGAGUUAGUUGAUGAAGAAUAUCCUCAAAUUCUCAAAGAAUUUGACCACAUGGAUUUUACCAAGUUGUCCUAUUCAGAGGAAGGAAGGGCCAUAGACUCAGCAAGGCAAGUUUUUGUGUUUGCUGGAAUUUGCACUUUGAGAACAACUUCAUGGAUCUUUUGA